AUGAAGUCAUCCUCGACCCGUCACUGUCGGAGUUUGAGGGAGAAAAGAUCAAGGUGUUCAUCGCUGUCAUCUUUGUUCAUAUGUGCGCGCUGCGCGACGGAAAUAGUGGACCGACAAGUGCUAAAGGUGAAUGGAUUAACGUGGCAUCUGAAAUGUUUUCAGUGCUCGGUGUGCGCCGUGUCCUUGAGUCAACAUAACAGCUGCUUCAUCAGAAAUAAAGAGAUUUUCUGUAGAACGGACUAUAACAGUACUUUUGGCAUAAAAUGCACUCGAUGUGGCCUUCAAGUCAGUGCAAAUCACUGGGUUCGGAGGGCAGGAAAUGACAUAUAUCAUCUUGCCUGCUUCGCUUGCUUCUUCUGCAAAAGGCAGCUUUCUACAGGAGAGGAAUUCGGCUUGAUGGAGAACCAGAUUCUCUGUCGCCUUCACUACGACAUAAUGCUGCAAAAUCUGCAGCACAUGUCAGAUAAAGGAAAUAUAAUACAUUUGGAUGGAGAUUUACCCAUACAAUACCUCCCAAAACCACCAAAAAGACCUCGUACAUCUUUCACCUCGGAGCAGCUACAGAUUAUGCAAACCCACUUUAUUCAAGACAAGAACCCUGAUGCACAGACACUGCAGAGGCUGGCAGACAUGACUGGACUGAGCAGAAGAGUCAUACAAGUUUGGUUCCAGAACUGUAGAGCCAGACAGAAGAGGAACCCACUUCAUGAUAGCGUUCCUCCACAGGACAGAUACCAGACCUUUGCAAUGCCCUUUCUGUCAGAUAACCGGUACUUCUUGCCCUCAGGUAGACCUGAGACUCACUGAGACUGCCCACUAUUUCAGCAUCUCUCUCAGAAGAAAAAAAAAAGUACAAGAC